CCCCCCCGGACGCCCCGGACAGUACGUAAAAAGUGGACAUGUCCGGGCAAAAGAGGACGUUUGGUCACCCUAGAUAAAGUGAUGAGAAAAGGCCCUCAGUAGUUCAGUCAUGUUUUCUAACUACCCAUUUAGUCUGAGCAAAAGUCCAACAAGCCAAAAGGAUUCAACUGACACUGAUAUGACACAGAGAGAAGCAGCCAAUCCGAGGACGAGCUGCUGAUAUUUGGCUUUUUUUCCGGGAGAAAUGAUGUGAGGGAUGAAUGAGUGAUGAUGUGCUAAUGAAUGAUUGGACUACUGCUCUCAGUGUUUCCUCUCCAGAUGAAGGUGUGGACUCUGCUAUGAGUCAGUGUGAGGACAGAGAGGAGGGAGCCCCUCCCUCUAAAACCACUCUGUGUGGGGAACAUGACAGCCAGACCAAAGCUCAAAGCCCAGAGAAGCAGCACAGACCUGCACCUGGACCUGGACCUACACCUGAACAUGGACCUGGUCCUGGUCCUGGUCCUGGUCCUGGUCCUGGACUUGGACCUGGAACUGGACCCAGCUGUGUGUCCUUUAAGAGUGACCGAUUUAUGGGUCAUAUUAUAGACUUCAAAGAUGGACGCCACUCUGUAGAUCAAAGCACAGAGAAGCAGCAUAGACCUGGACCUCGACCUUCACCUGGACCUGGACCCGGACCCAGAUCCGGACCCAGAUCCGGACCCGGACCAGGACCUGGACUUGGACCUGGACCCAGCUGUGUGUCCUUCAAGAGUGACCGGUCGAAGGAUGAUUUUUUGAUUAAUUUUAAACAACAACAUGACCAAAAAGUGGACCAGGAGAGCUCAGAGGUUCCCAGUGGUCAGUCGGCCCAGCAGCAUCAAACACACCUGGACUCCAUAUUUAUGCUGCUAGAGGAGGACAUUGUCACUUUUGUGAAGAAAGAGCUGAAGAAGAUCCAGAAGGUUCUAAGUCCAGAUUACCCAGAAUGCUUCGAGAGUCAGAUGGAGGAUGUGGAGAUGUUGGAUGGUAAGGAUGAAGAGCAGAGGUGGAGCAGCAGAGAGGCAUUUCGGAAGAUCACACUGCACUUCCUGAGGAGAAUGAAGCAGGAGGAGCUGGCUGACCGUCUGCAGAGCAGAAGUCCUGCUGCAGUUGGUAAGCGUAAACUCAAAUCUAAGCUGCAGAAGAAGUUCCAGUGUGUGUUUGAGGGGAUUGCUAAAGCACGAAACACAACCGUUCUGAACCAGAUGUUCACAGAGAUCUACAUCGCAGAGGGAGGGACUGCAGAGGUCAAUGAUGAACAUGAGGUCAGACAGAUUGAAACAGCAUCCAGAAAACCAGACAGACCAGAAACAAUAAUCAGACGAGAAGACAUCUUUAAAGCAUCACCUGGAAGAGGUGAACCAAUCAGAACAGUGAUGACAAGGGGAGUGGCUGGCAUCGGGAAAACAGUCUUAACACAGAAGUUCACUCUCGACUGGGCUGAAGACAAAACCAACCAAGACAUCCAGUUUACAUUUCCAUUCACUUUCAGAGAGCUGAAUGUGCUGAAAGAGAAAAAGUACAGCUUGGUUGAACUUGUUGAUCGCUUCUUUAGUGAAACCAAAGAAGCAGGAAUCUGCAGGUUUGAAGAGUUCCCGGUUGUGUUCAUCUUUGACGGUCUGGAUGAGUGUCGACUUCCUCUGGACUUCCUCAACACUGAGAUCCUGACUGAUGUUACAGAGUCCACCUCAGUGGGUGUGCUGCUGACAAACCUCAUCAGGGGGAAUCUGCUUCCCUCUGCUCGCCUCUGGAUAACCACACGACCUGCAGCAGCCAAUCAGAUCCCUCCUGAGUGUGUUGACAUGGUGACAGAGGUCAGAGGGUUCACUGACCCACAGAAGGAGGAGUACUUCAGGAAGAGAUUCAGAGAUGAGGAGCAGGCCAGCAGAAUCAUCUCCCACAUCAAGACAUCACGAAGCCUCCACAUCAUGUGCCACAUCCCAGUCUUCUGCUGGAUCACUGCUACAGUUCUAGAGGAUGUGUUGCAAACCACAGAGCGAGGAGGGCUGCCCAAGACCCUGACUGAGAUGUACAUCCAUUUCCUGGUGGUUCAGUCCAAAGUGAAGAAAGUCAAGUAUGAUGGAGGAGCUGAGAUUGAUCCACACUGGAGUCCAGAGAGCAGGAAGAUGAUGGAGUCUCUGGGAAAACUGGCUUUUGAGGAGCUGCAGAAAGGCAACCUGAUCUUCUAUGAAUCAGACCUGAUAGAGUGUGGCAUCGAUUUCACAGCAGCCUCAGUGUACUCAGGAGUGUUCACGCAGAUCCUUAAAGAGGAGAGAGGACUGUACCAGGACAAGGUGUUCUGCUUCGUCCAUCUGAGUGUUCAGGAGUUUCUGGCUGCUCUUCAUGUCCAUAUGACAUUCAUCAACUCUGGAGUCAACCUGCUGUCAGAAGAACUAACAACAUCCUGGUGGCCUAAAGAGAUCAGAGACAAACCAACACAUUUCUACCAGAGUGCUGUGAACAAGGCCUUACAGAGUCCAAAUGGACACCUGGACUUGUUCCUUCGCUUCCUCCUGGGUCUUUCACUGCAGACCAAUCAGACUCUUCUACAAGGUUUGCUGACACAGAUAGGAAGUAGCUCACUGACCAAUCAGAAAACAGUUGAGUACAUCAAGAAGAAGAUCAGUGAGAAUCUUUCUGCAGAGAGAAGCAUCAAUCUGUUUCACUGUCUGAAUGAACUGAAUGAUCAUUCUCUAGUGGAGCAGAUCCAACAGUCCCUGAGAUCAGGAUGUCUCUCCGCAGAUAAAAUGUCUCCUGCGCAGUGGUCAGCUCUGGCCUUCAUCUUGCUGUCAUUAGAAAAAGAUCUGGACGUGUUUGACCUGAAGAAAUACUCAGCUUCAGAGGAGGCUCUUCUGAGGCUGCUGCCUGUUGUCAAAGCAUCCAACAAAGCUCUGCUGAGUGGCUGUAACCUGUCAGAGAGAAGCUGUGAAGGUCUGUCCUCAAUUCUCAGCUCCCAGUCCUCUAGCCUGAGAGAGCUGGAUGUGAGUAACAACGAGCUGCAGGAUUCAGGAGUGAAGCAGCUGUCGGCUGGACUGAAGAGUCCACACUGCAGACUGGAAACUCUCAAGCUGAGUGGCUGUAACCUGUCAGAGAGAAGCUGUGAAGUUCUGGCUUCAGUUCUCAGCUCCCAGUCCUCUAGUCUGAGAGAGCUGGACCUGAGUAACAACGAGCUGCAGGAUUCAGGCGUGAAGCAGCUGUCGGCUGGACUGAAGAGCCCACACUGCAGACUGGACACUCUCAGUCUGUCAGGCUGUCUGGUCUCAGAGGAAGGCUGUACUUCUCUGGCCUCAGCUCUGAGCUCCAACCCCUCCCAGCUGAGAGUGCUGGACCUGAGCUACAAUCAUCCAGGAGACUCAGGAGUGAAGCUGCUGUCAGCUGGACUUAAGGAUCCAAACUGGAGACUGGACACUCUCAGGAUGGAUCAUGGUGGACAACAGAGACUGAGACCUGGUGUGAGGAAGUAUGUCUGUGAAUUGGAACUGGACACAAACACAGUAAACAUAUACCUCAAACUGUCUGACAACAACAGGAAGGUGACACAUGCGGGAGAGGAUCAGUCGUAUCCUGAUCAUCCAGACAGAUUUGACUCCUUUCCUCAGCUGCUGUGUAGAAAUGGUCUGACUGGUCGCUGUUACUGGGAGGUCGAGAGGAGAGGAGAGGUUCAUAUAUCAGUGAGUUACAGAGAAAUCAGAAGGAAAGGAGGCAGUAAUGACUGUUGGCUUGGAGGGAAUUAUCAGUCCUGGAGUCUGAUGAGCAAUGAUGAUGGUAACUCUGUCUGGCACAAUAACAGAGUAACAGACCUCACUUCCUCCUCUGUCUCUAACAGAGUAGCAGUGUAUGUGGACUGUCCUGCUGGCACUCUGUCCUUCUACACAGUCUCAUCUGACUCACUGAUCCACCUCCACACCUUCAACACCACAUUCACUCAACCUCUUUAUCCUGGAUUUGGGCUCUGGUCAGAUAGUUCCUCAGUGUCUCUUUGUCCUCUGCAGGACUGAGAGUCUCUCCUGUGGACAGAAACUUACUGAAGAUCAGUUGCUGUUCACCAUCACACACACUCUGCAUGGUGAAGCACAUCUGUCUCAGACUCAAACACUAAACAUUCAUUUGUCUGAUUUCAUCUCUUUGAUUAUCAACAUUUAAACUGUUUAACUAGAAACACUUUAUGAUUCCUGUCAUCAGCUGCCUCUCUUUACCUGAGGAUACACUGUAUAAAGCUGAGUGAAUGUGAUGUUACUUUACGUUUUUGGUAAAUCUGUGUCCAUGGUUACAAGCUGUACCAAGAGCUUCUCUGAUCAGAUGUGUGUUGUAAUAAACCUUUAUAUUCAAGUCAGAACAACUGAGGCUCUGAGGCUGAGACUAAAAUAUUAAACUUAAAGUCUGAAACUGA